AUGGCUUCAGCAUCAAUUGCCCCCGUGUGGCUAUACCAACCCCAAUGGCCAGAAAUCCUUCAGCAGCUGCUUAGGCUCAGCCACGAAGAGCAUGCAUUUGUCGCAUUAACCAACGACACGUAUGAUCUAAUUGGGUACCUGGCUGAUGGCUACCAGGUAUCUCCUAUCUACUGCGCCGGGUCUCAUCGGCAGGGCCAGACUUGGUUUAAUCGCCUGGACCAGGUUGGGUGGCUGGUUGUCAAGGCAGAUACCGCCUGCCUUUACCCGUUAUUCAAAGUGACGCCAACAGGUGGCGACUAUAUCAGCGCGAUCGGUUCUACUUACUGUAGACCUAGUGCCCAAGGUGAUCCACUACCGACGUGGUUGCUACAAGACUUGCUGAACGAAAAAUCGAUCCAAUUUUACCCCGCACCGUUUCCAUUCGGUUACCCGCCUCCUAUCUAUUCCCCUGCUACUGCGACGGUACAAGCUAUGUAUGACACCCCAGACUUCGGCCCCUCGACGUCAAGUGCUGUCGCGACAUGUCCCUCAGAUACCCUCCAGCCACCCGCUCCCUUUGACACCGUCUCCAUAGUAUCAAGCAUGGAGCCGACCGACAUAGAUUACAACUUCUGGGGCUUAUCCACGAUCGCCUCUGCCAGCGGCAUCGGUGAGCUCACGGGGUCAAUCUCAGAUGACCCGAAUGAGGCACCUAUCGAGGAGCUAGCCGUUGGCAGCUUUCAUCCCGACCUACAAUGGAGAAGCUCUGCCCCCAGCCUGUGGGGUGACUUGAACAAGGUGCAAAGGACCGCCCUCACCCAACAAAUGAGGAGAACGCCCUGGUGGCGUAUUGUAAUGCUUACGAGGGUCCUCUUUAUUGGGGGCUUGUGGGUUGGGGAGCAUCUACAUCCGUUUAGCACUAAUCCUGUGGUCGUGAGGCGUUCAGUAACUAACUGCUUCCUCACCGCGCUUGAUUUAGUCGAUAAGAAUUACGAGCAAAUGCUUGAAAUACCGGUGAACAUUACAUUCGCUAGCGGAGAAUCCAUCACUGCCGGAUGGCCGGUAUUCCGCGUCAAUUUAUCCAAGUCCCUCGACAACACAAAAUCGGACCUGAAGAAGGUGGUCAAAGGUGCAAUGUCGCCGCUCACCAACUUCUGCGUCGAGGGCGAGAUACAGGAGAGAAUCGCCUACUUCGUCAGGCUUUUGGAAUCCGGCGAUGUCCAUCAAGUGCAACGGGCCAUUCAAGAACUCAUAAUUCACCAAGUCUUUAGGGAACUUCUGUGGGCGACACUUUUUCAGCCGAUCAAAAGGUUAGCGGAUGAGUACCAACAAGGGAGGAUGGCGGAUCUCUAUCCGGAGGAAAUCUUUUCGAGAUACAGGUGCUUGGCGCAAACGCCAGUGGGCAAUCUCUUGACAUUUGUCAUUCUACUUGCCUCUCUACCCUUGGCAAGUGAAGCCCGUCUUUAUCGUUUGUGGGUGAAGGCAUUUUUUAUCCAAGUCCCUCGACAACACGAAAUCGGACCUGAAGAAGGUGGUCAGGGGUGCAAUGUCGCCGCUCACCAACUUCUGCGUCGAGGGCGAGAUACAGGAGAGAAUCUCCUACUUCGUCAUGCUUUUGGAAUCCGGCAAUGUCCAGGAAGCUCUGCCCCCGAGGAUUGCACCUUGCUGGAGAUGAAUUUGGCCAACCCGUCCUGUCUUGGGUGUGGUUCCAGCGUUGAUAUCUCGCUCAUAAAUCUCCAUGUUUUCAACGUGGAGACGUCUUUUGCGUAUUACAACGGAUGUGACGGAUUUGGAGCUGAUUGCAACAGUGCCAACUGCGCCUCGGCCUUCUAUGCCCCAGAAGACUGGUAUGCUCAACGUCAAUGUGAAGCUGACAAUGUGAACCUCCUCAUUGCAUUUUGCACGAACACAUCCGAGAUUGUAUCAGGCGGAAGUGUUUCUUCUCCAUCCUCUUCAAGCUCCACCACCCUGAGCACAUCUUUCAAUACCCUCCAGCCACCCGCUCCCUUUGAUGCCGUCUUCACAUCAAGCAUGGAGCCGAACGACAUAGAUUACAACUUCUGGGGUUCUACCACGAAGAGGUUUCAUGCAUUUGUCGCAUUAACCAACGACACGUAUGAUCUAAUUGGGUACCUGGCUGAUGGCUACCAGGUAUCUCCUAUCUACUGCGCCGGGUCUCAUCGGCAGGGCCAGACUUGGUUUAAUCGCCUGGACCAGGUUGGGUGGCUGGUUGUCGAGGCAGAUACAGCCUGCCUUUACCCGUUAUUCAAAGUGACGGUGACCGAGGCUAAUAUAUUACCAGCCAAGUAUUUCCUACUUCAUCUGCUGCCAAGAGACCUAUCAGCGCCCACAGCGCCUUCUCCAGGAUCCGACAAAAACGCAUUGCGCUCAAACGAGCGCUGCCCAAUCUAUAUACCAAAAGUCGAAAUUGUCGCGCCCAAGCGACCAGCAGCGAAUGUGCCCGAAUCUUCGGGCUCGAGUCGGCAACCGUUUCCAACCGCUUCCCCUCCACCCCCCAUGGAUUCGGAUAACAUGUCCGCUAUAUCCGGCACAACUCUUGCUCUUGCCCUGGUCGGGAAUCGCGACACCGCAGCGGUAUGACGCGUCAAGAUUCUGCGACUUUUCCUCGUGGUGACCAUCUGCUGGCGGAAAUUGCGCGUGCACACGACUCGGAUCGUGACUCGACCGUACCCCCUGUGCCUCCCCUGCCUUCAGGCUCUGGGUCA